AUGACCGUCAUUCACCAGCUCGUCCUCCACCCGGCCAUCACUGCGACCCUCAAGGUCGGGUCGACUACCGUCGGCCGCGACAAGCUCUACCGCGCCAUCCAAUACUACGCGCGCUUCCUCGCCUGGUACUGCCUCCGCAAGGGCUACUCCAACGAGACGGUCGCCCGCCUUAACGCCUUGAAGAGCACGCUCGGCUUGUCGCGCAAGCUCAUGCGCAUUGGCAAGCCUCUCGAGCACCUCCAAGCCGCCGUCAAGGGCCUCGACCUCUCGGACCCCGUUCUCAAGCUCACUACCGUCGGCCGCCAGCUCGGCUACGCCGGCUACCUCAUCAACGACACGCUCGUCUGGGCCCACACGGCCAAAGUCCGUCCGUUCGAGCCCGCAACCUACAAGACGAUCCAGCACCGCGCCGCGCGCCUGUGGUUCACCGGCAUCGCCUUCUCGAUCGUCUCGUCGCUUUACAAGCUGUAUGGGUUGCAGCAGCGCGAGGCGGGCGCGAGGAGGGUCCGUAGCGAUGCGGAGAAGGAGAGUGAGAGGAAGGUCGAGUUGAAGACGAUCAGGGCCCAACAAGCCGCCGUCCGCUACCAACUGACGCAAGACUGCCUCGACAUCCUCAUCCCCUCGGGCACGCUCGGCUACCACUCCCUCAACGACGGACUCAUCGGUCUCGUCGGAACCGUCACGUCCUUCAUGGGACUCAGGACCCAGGUGCACAAGGUCCUCGGAGGGGCGGUCGCGGCCAAGUAG